CUUCCUCCUCCUCUUUCUUCUUCCUUGUUUUAGGGCUUAAUACAAAGAAAACAGACCGCAAUUAGUCGUCGAGUUUGGGUCCCUUUCUCCGAAUUGCUGCAGAUUGGUGGCAACGCUUGAACUGCACCGAACAACUGAUAUCCAGUUAUGGGGGAAGUGAAUUUUAUGCAAGAGGAAGAUUUUAGGUUGGAGACUACGCGAGCUAGAUUUGAAAAUGUUGUCAAAAGGCAUGCCCAACUGACAGACCGUCUGUCCAGGGAUUCUGAUAAGAUGAUAUUUGAGCGUCUACAAAAUGAAUUUGAAGCUGCACGAGCUUCUCAAACUCAAGAGAUUAAUUUAGAUGGUGAACAGUGGAAUGACGGGCUAUUAGCUACAAUAAGAGAGCGGGUUCACAUGGAGGCUGACAGAAAGGCAACGUCUGGGGACAAAAACAACAUGCCAACUCAUUUCGAGGAAAAGAUUACUUAUAGAAUUGGUAGCAAGGUGAUAUGCUGUUUGGAAGGGACAAGAAUUGGCAUAUUAUAUGAGACAUCUUUUGCAGGGGAACCUUGUGAGCUGUACCAUUGUGUGCUUGAAAGCAAGUCAUUUCUUGAAAAGAUGACUGUCAUUGAACACACAAUUCCUUUCUUCCUGCCAAUACGAGAAGCAGAAAAUGAUCUUCUUUCUUCUAAUGCUAUGAGAUUUAUAGAUCAUAUUGGAGAUUUAUUGCAGGCUUAUGUGGACAGACGGGAGCAGGUUCGGCUUAUUAAGGAAUUGUAUGGAAAUCAAAUAGGAGAGCUGUAUCAUAGCCUUCCAUACCACAUGAUUGAAUUUGUACUAGAUGAUUCUGAUUGCAAAGUAACAAUCAGUCUUAGAUAUGCAGAUCUUGUUUCUGUACUUCCAACUCGAGUAAGAGUUCUAGCAUGGCCAAUGCAUCAGUUCAAGAAAAGUCAUACAAGCUCAGCUAUUUUGAGCAGGAAAGAAAAUGGAGCAAUGAGUUCCCAAGCUGUUCCAUCUCGUUUGUCUUAUGCAGAGGAUGCCUUGAGAACCAUGAGCUUACCGGAAGCAUAUGCAGAGAUUGUGUUGAAUCUACCACAAGCCCUGCAGCAAAUUAUCUCAGCUUAGGAGCCCGAGUUAGCUCUUUGCUUCCUUGUUCAGAAGUUUCAGUGUGUACAAAGCUAUAUAUACAUAUAUAUUGGAGCAUGGUUGUAUAUUGGCAUGGAUUGUGAAUGAUUGGGGUACUGUUGGUUUUGUAUAGGAACAUUCCCCAACCUUAAAACCCUUCUUUUCUCUCCCUUUUGUGGUUCUUUUUCAAGUUUUUGUUCUUUUGCAGUUAUAUUUGUAUUAAUCUCUUUAGGAUUGGAAACAAUUGAUUGAGCCCAAAAGUGAUGAGCAAAUUGUGGUACACAUAGUUAAACCACAUUGUUUAUGCUUUUAUUUGUAGAAUUAUUCUUCAAGUA